AUGGAGAAAGAAAACUAUGCACUUGAAAGUGGCAUUUUUGGACUACCGACUGCUGAAACAAAUCUCCAUGCGUUCGUGCCCGGGCUGGUGCUGAAGGCGCAGCUGGUCCCCGCGGCCACCAGCGCCGAGCUCAGCCGCUCGGACCUCAGCCUCAUCCAGCAGCAGCAGCAGCAGCAGCGGGAAAAGGCGAAGGCGGCGAAGCCAGAGGUGCCGGCGGCACCCACCACCUCGCCUCUCCCAGUGUCGGUAUUCAUGCUCAAGGUCCAGGUGAAUGACAUCAUCAGUCGUCAGUACCUGAGUCAAGCCGUCGUAGAAGUGUUUGUAAACUAUACAAAGACAAAUUCCACAGUAACUAAAAAAAAUGGAGCCGUGUUGAUCCAAGUGCCCUACAAGCUAGGGCUCAGCCUAACUAUUGUUGCUUACAAAGAUGGCUACGUGUUGACACACCUGCCCUGGGAGACUGGAAGAAUGCCAAUCUAUUCAUCAGUUACACUUUCGCUGUUCCCACAAAGCCAAGCAAAUAUUUGGCUAUUUGAAGACACUGUUUUAAUUACUGGAAAAUUAGCAGAUGCCAAAUCUCAACCGAGUGUUCAGUUUUCCAAAGCCUUAAUUAAACUGCCUGAGAACCAUCAUAUUAGCAAUGUUACAGGAUAUCUUACAGUCUUACAACAAUUUUUGAACGUGGACAAUUUUCUGUAUACAACUGGAAUUACUCUCAAUAAAUCAGGUUUUGAAAACAUUGAAAUAGCUCCUCUUGCUGCAAUAUGUGUGAAAAUAUAUUCCGGAGGAAAAGAAUUAAAGGUGGACGGUUCUGUUCAAGUGUCUCUUCCCCUUCUACACACCAAUGGUGUGAAUGCAGGAGACCAUGUACCCGCUUGGAAAUUUGAUAUGAGCAUGGGUGCUUGGAUAAGUCAUGGCCAGGGUAUAGUCAAGAAAUAUAACAAUCAUUUAAUUUGGACCUAUGAUGCACCACACUUAGGCUACUGGAUAGCAGCGCCAUUUCCAAGAACUCGAGGUAUAAAUCAAGACUCCAAGGACAUUACUGCCUACCACACAGUGUUUCUUACAGCCAUAUUAGGAGGAACUAUAGUCAUUGUCAUUGGAUUUUUUGCUAUCCUCCUUUGUUAUUGCAGGGAUAAGUGUGGCACUCCACAGAAAAGAGAAAGAAACAUCGCAAAGCUCGAGGUCCUCAAGAGAGACCAAACCACCUCAACGACACAUAUAAACCACAUUAGUUCAGUCAAAGUCGCGUUGAAAGGUCAAGACCGGUCGCAGUUCUUGAACCCCAAAAGCGCUUCGUACAGCCCUCACAAAAAGGAACCGCUGAAGGCAGGCGCAGAAGAAAGAGUUUCGAUGGUAAAAACGCGGGACAAUUUUAAAAUCUAUAAUGAAGAUGUAUCAUUUCUCUCAAUCCACCAAAAUAAUUCCUCACGAAUCCCGGCUCAUCCUUUGGAGCCCAGUAUAAGAUCCAAGCAACCUCCACAUAUCAACAGCCUGUCUCCAUCUCUCAGUGAUCCUCCAGAGGAAAAGAGGUAUCUCUCAGGCAAGGAAGAGGUAUAUGGGCGGUCCCACCUUCCUGAACAGCUGAUGCACAUUUACAGUCAGCCCAUUGCCAUCCUUCAAACAUCUGACCUCUUUUCUACUCCCGAGCAGGUGCAUACUGCUAAAUCAGCUACUUUGCCCAGAAAGGGGCAGAUAGUCUAUGGCCAAUUGAUGGAACCAGUAAACAGAGAGAACUUUACACAGACUUUGCCGAAACUGCCAAUGCAUUCUCACGCCCAGCCCACAGAUGCCAGGGAAGAGAAUAUUGUCCUCGAAGGUCAGCAGAGCCUGCCAUCUCAAACGUCCGAUUGGAGCCGGUAUUCCACCAGUUUACUAGAAUCCGUCUCAGUUCCUGGAACCCUGAAUGAAGCAGUUGUAAUGACUCCAUUUUCGUCAGAGCUUCAAGGCAUUUCCGAGCAGACCCUCCUGGAACUGUCCAAAGGAAAGCCCUCCCCUCAUCCUAGAGCCUGGUUUGUGUCUCUUGAUGGAAAACCGGUUGCCCAAGUGAGGCAUUCGUUUAUAGACCUGAAAAAGGGCAAGAGAGCGCAGAGCAAUGACACCAGUCUGGACUCGGGCGUGGACAUGAAUGAGCACCACUCCAGUCGAAAGCUUGAGAGGGAGAAAACGUUCAUCAAAAGCAUGCAUCCACCGAAGAUCCUUUACUUAGAAGACCUAGACCUGAGCAGCAGCGAGAGUGGAACCACGGUCUGCUCCCCCGAGGACCCCGCUUUAAGGCACCUCCUAGAUGGAGGGAGCGGGGCUGUCAUAGAAGAGGCCCCACGAAGAAAAAGCACUGUUGAAGAUUUUGAAGCCAAUACAUCUCCCACCAAAAAAAGGGGCCGACCACCACUAGCCAAAAGAGAUAGCAAGACGAACAUCUGGAAGAAGCGAGAGGAACGCCCACUAAUUCCCCUCAAUUAACACCAACAGUGACUGUGUCUCUGCUGUCUAUCCAUGCUUCUUGUAAGUGGUGGCGGGAACUGCCAAGGAAACAGACGGAGGGCAGUCUCCUGGCCCCUGGACAUGUCUAAAGCAGAGCAAAUGGUCAAAUGACGACAUGACAGUAACCAGAGGGAAGGAUACUGAGGAAUUCUUUUUUUCAGCCUCUUCAUUUAUUUUGGGGGGGUUGAUUUUGAGCUAUCCAUGUUUUCCACAUAUAAAAUAGCCUCAAGGUGUCAGUUUUCAGUCUGCUAAUUUGACCCCUGUCUUAAGAAUAACAUAGUAAAAUGUGUAUUAUUAAAGUUGCUUCCAAAAAUGUUACCUUUGCCUGGAUGACCACCUCCCCUCCCAUGAAACAUUUUAAAAAUGAAACCUAGCUUCUUCAAGCUUCAUCAUCUUGUGAAAAUGUCACUAUUAAUGUUGUUCUCUGCCUAUACUCCAGUGUAACUUGCUAAGUGGUAUAGCCUGAUGUCGGUGGGCCAAGCCACACUUUCUUUUCUGUGGUAAGCAGCGUGUGUGUUGUAUCAUCCAAGCAAACUGCCCCAUGCAGUUCGUAGAAGUUAGGCAAGGGCUACUUGUGAAAGAGGGUGGAUGCCAGCACUCUGGUUGUUUGAGGGGAGCUUCGCAGAGUAAGUGAUAAAAUGAUAAUUUAUCACUGAGAAAUCUGAAAAAUUAAAGCUCUGGUAUUCAAGCUUUACUUCACAUUCUCCUCCCCUUCUGAACAAAAGUGAGCUUGGUAAUGUCGGAGGGUGGGGGGCAGGGAAACUAUUCAUCUGUCUAGGGGGAGAUGGCUGCCCGUAGGGCUGAGUGAUGCGCGUAUGCUAAUGCCAGAUUCCUGUUUAGAUUCACCACACACAAGCCCAGCUGUUCAAUGGCUAUCAGACUGGCUUUUCAAAGUCUGGUAAGUUUCUUGAUACCAAAAUUUUCAUAAACUAAACCUUUCACCCCCAACCCAAACCCUAAAAUUUUGACAAGAAAAAGAAAUGCUUUUUUCCAGAGGCUCAAAAGUGCCUUCAAGAUAGUACUAUUUUCAGAUGUUACUCAUUUUUUCUGUUGACAUUCACAUCAGAUGUUUGAGAAAAACAGUUCUGAUUUUGUUGGGAAAAGAUGCUUUUCCUUCAAACGUGCGGCUUUCGCAACUCUCUGAAAUGUUUACUUUCAAAAGUGCUGCACCCAUAUUGCUUUCAUCAUUGCUGAGAAUUUAGACUGUACACAUCUAACCACUGAUUUUUUAAUUUUAUUGUCUUCCUAAAAGUAAAAAGGCUCUUUUUAAAAUUAAGUUGAUUCGUUUUAUUUUUCUUAAAUUUUUUAUGAAGGCAAAGUGUCGGAAGCAGCAACCCCUUUCUCAGGGGAACAGUAUGGCUCAGUGGCUUUAUUUCUCAUUUCGGGCCGUGUAACAUGGGAGCAAUAGAGACCCACACCACAGGAACAAGGGGAAAACUGGAAUAAUCACACUAGACGUAGUAAAAUUCGUAGGUAGGUGCCCAAUGGAAAACAACGUCUUUCUCUUUGAGGAAGUAGACUUCAGCCAUCAUCCUCUGCACCCACCAUAACCACUUCUGAAAUAUCCAAACUGUCAGAUAAGACUUCAACUUUUCUGUAUUAACCCAAAGAAUUUAAAGACCUAGACACAUUGGGGUAUAUGUUACUCUACUACACAUAAGAGAGAAAUGUUUUGGGUAAUACUUAGUCUUUUUUAUUUUAUUUUAAUGUAAUGACCAGCAAUUAGCAUAAGCUUUUUAAUGGUCUUAAACAAAAAGAUCCAUUAAAGUGUCAUUAUAAAAAUGAUUUGGAAAAGGUUGAGUUAAUUGCUCUGCUGAAGUGCCUUUGAUAUAGACUUGCUUUAUUGGAAGAGUAUAAUGACAUCUUUCUUAAGAGUACAUUUUCUUUCUGCUAGCCAAGUUAGACAGAUGUGCAGUUUUUAAUUCAAAAGGUAUAGACCUAGUGUUUCAUGUUGGAACAAUGAAUUUUUGCAUGUCAGUAACAUCUCUUUCGUGUGUGUGUAAUUUUUUUAAUCCAGUAUAUAUAUAUAUAUAUAUAUUGAUUAUGUUGGAGUGAAGUUUUAAAAUAAACAGUAAAAUGUCAUACCUCUUCCAUUUUUAAAUAUGUUUUUCCCACAUUUAAGUGGAAACGUCUUAUCUUUCAGAAGACUCAUUCUGACAUUCAAGUCUGACACCUAAUUUAUUCAUCUGAUAUAAGGAAAAUGAGCAGGUGUAUCCCACGGGCUUUUCCAGAAAUCCUUGUUUGAUUUCAGACUAAGAUCUUAAUUUUUAUACACUGCACAUUCUGUUUUCAAUAGGGAAGAGUAGGCAACUAGCCUUUCUAAUAAUCAAAUGUUUGUAACUUCUCAUUUCUGAGUAGUUCACAAAUUUCCUGUUAAAAAGCAGAAGCCAUGCACUUUUUCUUAUCCCAAGUGAUGAUAACCCAACAAUAUUUGCAAUAUUCUUAAAUUUUUAAACCGAAAACCCGUUUUUUUGGCAAAAGUAAACAGAUAAUUUUGGUCACAAAUUGUUAACAUUUGUGGAUCAAUUGUAUAUACUUUGGCUAUAUCUUAAGGCAAAAUUAUCCCUCAAUUAAUGAUGGACUCAUUUACUAAAGCACAGCUAUAUGUAUUUUUGAAUACAUAUUAUGACCUUGAAACUUUAUAAAAUCCAUUUUUAUGACAUGUAUGCAGUUGUGUAGGGACCGAGCCCUUUUGUACUGUUGAGUAUCUACCAUGCAAUCACAAACGUUGAGGAACAAAGGCGCCCCUUUGCUCUGGGAAUCAUUCUCAGAUCGCCUUCUCUGUUGGCAUCUUCUGGCUUCAAGGUCUAGUAGAGUUAUGGAGAUCUGUGAUCAAAGAGUGUCCCUCAUGAUUCGCCAUUCCCAGAAAAGGUGAAACUCAAAAACGACACAUUAUUUUGUCAGAUAGUUAAUUCAUUUCCCACGUGGCAGUACCCUAACAAAUUUUGAUCGUAUUUGUUCUCAUCUCAGAUCUAGAAUUGACAUUUUGCCCGCAUUUCCACGUGUUUGUUUUAUAUUCUCUCACUAGAGGAAUCUCAUUGCCGUGUAUUUACUAUUGAAAACUAUAACAAUCUGGGGAUUUGUAAAAAUGUUACACAUAAUUCAUUAAAGAUAAUAAAAUCUUUUAAAAGUA